AGGCUGCCUGGGGACAGGACCCCUGGGGAGGAGUUUAAAAGCCAUAGGCUGGCAGCCAGGGCCGUGGCCACCCUUCACUGCUUUACAGGGCCCUUCUGCACGUGUGCGUUCUUGUUCUGAGGCAAGGUUCGGUUUCCCUGUGCAGCCCAGUCUAGCCUCGAGCUCACCACGAACAUCAGGCCAGCUUCCGAGGCGCAGGCGUGCUCCCGUCCCUGCCCCGCACAUGACAGCAGAGGGUGGCACGGGAACAGCUCCUGCCGCACGUGCCGGACACGCCACAGCGGCUUGGGAAGCCUGCCUGCCUCCCUCCGAGCAGCCUGAGCACCGCUGAACCGCAGGCAAUGGCUGUGCGCCGGGCUGGCUGCAGUCCGGGGGCACACGCCCCCCACACCGGGCACUCAACAGGCAGGAUGCGCGGUUCCGGGUAACCGGAAGCAACUGGAGAUCACCGAGUUUCCGGAGCGAGAAGCAGGGCACACGCGUGCGCAGCAAACCGACGGCGAAAGGCGCGGAUGUCUCACUGUACGGCAUGGAGACCUGUGGCUGCGAGGCUCCCGGGGGCUCGCCUUGGACCGCGAUGGGGCCGGGCCGCGGCCUCCUAACGGGACUGAGGUGUGCGGCCCGCGAGCCUGGCCGCCCGCUGCCCGCCUCUCGGAGCACCCCCGCCCCUCCCCUGGCCCGGCGCGGGCCCGGUGCCCGCCAUGAACGGCCUGUCGGUGAGCGAGCUCUGCUGCCUCUUCUGCUGCCCGCCCUGCCCGGGCCGCAUCGCCGCCAAGCUCGCCUUCCUGCCUCCCGAGCCCACCUACUCGCUGGUACCCGAACCCGAGCCGGGGCCCGGAGGGGCCGGUGCUGCCCCCUCGGGUCCCCUGCGGACCUCAGCGGCCACCCCUGGGCGCUGGAAGAUCCACCUGACGGAGCGCGCUGACUUCCAGUACGGCCAGCGCGAGCUGGACACCAUUGAGGUCUUCCUGACCAAGAGCGCGCGCGCCAACCGCAUCGCCUGCAUGUAUGUGCGCUGCGUACCCGGUGCCAGGUACACAGUUCUCUUCUCACAUGGCAAUGCAGUGGACCUGGGCCAGAUGUGCAGCUUCUAUGUGGGCCUGGGCACUCGCAUCGGCUGCAACAUCUUUUCCUAUGACUACUCUGGCUACGGGAUCAGCUCCGGCCGGCCCUCGGAGAAGAACCUCUAUGCUGACAUUGAUGCAGCCUGGCAGGCCCUUCGCACCAGGUACGGCAUCAGCCCGGACAGCAUCAUCCUGUAUGGCCAGAGCAUCGGCACGGUGCCCACGGUGGACCUGGCGUCCCGCUAUGAGUGCGCUGCGGUGGUCCUGCACUCGCCUCUCACCUCGGGCAUGCGAGUGGCCUUCCCUGACACCAAGAAGACCUACUGCUUCGAUGCUUUCCCUAACAUCGAGAAGGUGUCGAAGAUCACGUCACCGGUGCUCAUCAUCCAUGGCACGGAGGACGAGGUGAUCGACUUCUCACACGGGCUGGCACUGUAUGAGCGCUGCCCGAAGGCCGUGGAGCCGCUGUGGGUGGAGGGCGCCGGACACAACGACAUUGAGCUGUACAGUCAGUACCUGGAGCGCCUGCGCCGCUUCAUCUCCCAGGAGCUGCCCAGCCAACGCACCUAGCCAAGCCGCAGGGGCCUCAGCAGGACACGGGCCUCCUGCCGGGGCUGCAUGUGACCCGGCGCCCAGGACCCUGCCAGCACCCCAUGGCCAAGAGCCAUGUGCAGGUGCUGGAGGCCCCUCCUCUCCUUGUGGAAGCAAAGAGAAGGAAAGAGGGACCUAAUUAAAGGUUUAAGAUUUUAGGAUU